AUGGCACAGAAUCAAAAUCACCAUCACCGCAAGUAUACCCACCACCCCCAUGCCUCAGAUUCCCAGCCCCCUUACUGGGCUCUUGCGCUACGUGCAAAGGGCUUGCGAAAUGCCGCUGUCAUUGGGUUUCAAAUGCACCACUACGCCUCCCCCGCUGCUCCUUCGCCGACGCGCACCAAGUGGAUCGACGCAAUCUUGGGCGACAAGCAGGGCAAAAAUACCAUUCGGCUUGACAUAUAUGAGCCCAAGGAAGCCAAAACUGGGAGGCCUGGCAUGAUUGUCUUUCACGGUGGAGGAUUCGUGCUGGGUCAUGGCACCGAUGAUGCUCGGUGGGCUGCUGCAGCCAACGAGACUCUCGGGGCAGUGGUCAUCGCAGUCUCUUACCGGUGUGCCCCCGAAAAUCCCUUCCCAGUACCCGUUGAAGAUUGUGCCAGCUCCAUCGUUCACUUGGCUCAAAAUGCCAAAGCCUAUGGUGUAGAUCCCACCAAACUCUUCCUCUCUGGGUUUUCAGCUGGGGGCAACCUGGCCUUCUCCAGCUAUCUGCUUCUUCGCAGCGCAGCCAAGUGGGGUUACGACUUGCCUUGCGACCCACCUUCAGUACAGGGCAUCAUUGUAUUCUACCCUUUACUGGACUACUCGAAGUCUAGACCCGAGAAGAGAGAUGCGUGCGCCAAUCCCGAAUUCACCCUUGCCCCCUCACUCACCACCCUUUUUGAUUCAUCCUACCUACCGCCUGGCAUCGACCUCGUCGACCCUCGCCUUUCUCCUGGGCUGGUUUCUGACGAGCUCUUGGAUACUCUUCCUGCCGUACACAUGACCUUGUGUGAAUAUGACAUGCUCCUAGCUGAGGGUCUAGACUUUCAAAAGAGGCUGGAGGAGAGGGGCAAAGAUGUCAGCGUCAGGCAAGUGCCGGGGGAAAAGCACGCGUGGGACAAGCCGAUGCCGCUGUACCCAAAGCCCAGCGUGAAGGUGGAGUAUGAUGCCGCAUUGGACGUUAUCAAGGGGUAUUUGUCGGGGAAUGGCUCUACGAAAGCUCAAGAGUCGACGAAUGGAAGUGACGGACUCUUGCAAUGA